AUGACAACGGAAACGACCACCAUAACUUUUAAAUCACUUCAUUUAAAUCCUCCAACCAGGUAUCGAUCUAUUCCGAUAUCUUUACAUCUAAACAAAAGGACACCUCAACCCACAACUUUAUCCUUGAGCCUCAGGUCACCACCGGUACCCGUUAAGGAAGAUGAUUUCGGUCUUUGCGAGGAGUGCAAUAGACCAAAUUCAUCAAAGGGAUAUUGCUCCUCAUGUUCUUCUUCGCAUUUUCAAAAGAACUUUGAUAGAUGGACGAGUGGGAAUGAUGACAUUGAUAAAUUGAUAAAAUCAACACAGACCUCUAGUAGGCGAGCCUUUGUAGAGUGGAUACCGUACGAUGAUUUACAUGAUGUCAAAUACAUCUCCAAAAGUAGUUUCAGCACGACAUAUUCCGCUACUUGGACAUCUGGUCCGAUUAUGAAUUGGAAUCAAUCAAGUGAAGAUUGGAAUCGUGACGAUGAAGUCAAAGUUGCAUUAAAGCGAUUAUAUAAUUCUCAAAAAAUUUCUAAAGAUUUCUUGUAUGAGCUCGAAGUUUCGCUACUUCAUUGUUCUUAUCAACAACAUAAAGAAAUUAUGCCGAUAUAUGGGUUUACGCAAGAUCCCAUAACAAAAGAUUACAUGGUGGUAAUGAAAUUCGAACGAGGAAACUUGAGGAAUUUCAUAAAUGAUAAUUUCACUUCGCUUUCAUGGUCACAAAAACUCAAAUUACUUCAUUCAAUCGCCACCGGGUUACAUAAAAUUCACUCAUCAGGAUUAAGCCAUAAUAAUCUUCAUUCCGGUAACAUCUUUGUGAAAAAGGAAGAUAACGGUGAUUUAUCGGCAAUCAUUUCGGAUUUAGGGAUGUCGGGUCCAGCUGAUAAAUCAUAUGAUUUAUGUAACUCACGAAUCGAUACAUUUGGCGUGAUACAAUAUACGCCUUCCGAAAUCUUUCACGGUCGUAUUUACACAAAAUAUUCCGACAUUUAUUUCUUUGCAAUGUUGAUGUAUGAGGUCUCGACCGGUUUACCACCGUUUAUCAACGUACCAUUUGACAAAUUGAAUGAGUUGAUGUUUGAUAUCUGCGAUGGUUUUAGACCCGCUUAUAAUUCCAAGGACAUGCCAAGGUGUUUUGAGGAAUUGAUGAAAAAAUGUUGGGAUGAUGAUGAGUUUAGCAGGCCACUCGCUUCUCAAUUGGUUGAUAUUAUUGGAAAUUGGAUAAGUGAGGAUAUUAGUAGGCGUGGUAACCUGAUUCGAUUGAAAUAUCCUUUAAGCAUAUACGAUAUUUAUAAGAGUCAACGAAUUAAUACCACCGAUUUGGGCGAUGAAGAUUUUGAGCAUGAUAGUGAAUCAAAUUUUGAUGAGAAUGUGGAAAGUGAUGAAGACAUUGAACUUAAUACAGAUUUCGAACGAAAAGUUCAAAAUAAAUACGUGACGAUAAAACGAAGCGAUAUAAUGAAAUGGAUCGAAAACAUCGACAAUACUUUUGAUCCGGAACGGUUGUUACCCUAG